CUCGAUUCCCCGGAUCUGACGAAGAGGAAAUGAGACUCGAGUUUCCUGCGGAGCGGUCAAGCUUGGUUGGCGACGGCUGCAAGGUCCGCACGAAAGAUGCUCCAGCUGACGACCAUAACCAGGAUGCCUAAAAUUCAGUUACCGAUCGACUCAAAUAUCGAUGUCAGCGUAAAUCUCUUUAGCAGUCUGGACUCUCCUCAUGUCUCUGAGAUGCCAUAAGUGAGAACUAAACCAUUUUAACUUCCAGCUACUCACCAUCAGCACCUGGAGGCCAAAAUUAUGAAGAACUCACAGCUUUCUAAAAAAGACUUGAAGAAAGUGCGUGGUGGCAAUUUUAUGUCUGUUUUUUCAUGGGCUGCAUUUUUGGCUAUGAUUGCGUGAUAUGUAUAUCUAUACUAUGGGAAACCUUCAACAGCAGCUACAAACAAGGAAAAUCGCUAAAUAAGACCUAUGUGUACCCAGAAUUUGUCUUAGACUUUCAGACUGUGAUAAAAGAAAGGGAAGAACUACUACAUCAAUACAAGCAUGACUUACAGUUAACAGGAGUUGAAAGACGAAGUAAUCUGUCAUUACAGGAAUUUUGGGACCUUUAUGAUGCGAAAUGGCCAGUGAUUGUCACUGAUGUUGUUAGUACCUGGCCAGCUCGUUCGUGGACAACAGAGUUUUUCAACAUAACUUAUGGGAAUGAACAAGUGGCAAUGAAAGCUGUCAAGGGGACUCUUGCAGAUGCUCAAGGUUUUUCACUUCCUCUUCACCGUUUUAUCACACACAUCAACACCAGCACCCCAACCUACUGGACAUACCUGGAGGAUGAGUUGUUUAUUAUCACUAGGCCUGAGCUCUACCAACAGAUUUUGCCAUCUAUUUACACAGAGGAAGACUUUUUCAAGUUGUUUCCUAAAGAUAUACGACCUUGGGAUUGUAUGCUGUUAUGGGGCACUGCUCACUCACGAUCAUCGCUGCACAUUGACCCUUAUAACUGGACAGGCACAAAUGCUGUCAUUAAGGGAACGAAGAAGUGGAAGCUUUUUCCACCAGGUCAAGACCACCUUCUGUAUGUGUAUCCAGAAGCCAUGUGUGGGUUUCCUUUGGAAUGCCACAAGUAUAACAGUCCAAUUGACACCUUUGCACCAGACCAAAAACAGUAUCCUCUCUACAAUUUGGCACCUUACAUAGAAGUGGAGCAGAAAGCUGGCGAGAUGCUCAUCAUUCCAACAGGAUGGUUUCAUCAGGCAUACAACACAGAAGAGACACUGGCUGUCUCAGGCCAGGUCAUGAAUCGCAACAAUUACAGAUAUGUAUUUAAGGAGAUUCUUAAAGCAGGCAACCUGCAACAAAGACGUCUGCCAGAUGGCUUUCACAACCUGCUGCCCCCAGAUCAGGUCAAAAUCUUUAUGACUCUUCUUCCCAAAAAGCUGUUGAAAAAGGGGAAAAAGUGGACUCAGGACUAUCUCAACUCAAUUCAGAAAAUAGCCAUGGCCAGGAAAUCAACUGAGUAAAAACCAUGGCAGAAGAAUACCCAACUGCUGAUAAUUUUUUUUUUUUGAUUCAUACAGAACGCUACUACAGUCUAAUCUCCCUACUAAGCCACCUACGGGGACCGAGCAAAAGUGGCAUAGUAGCGAGAGUGGCAUAGUAGAGAGGGUUCGUAAAAACGGCUUUAUUUGUUCAAGUUAUCCGUCAGUCCAGAACUCUCAAGAAUCGUCUGCUUGCACUAGCUGUCUCCUGUCAUUCUCCCCAUCACCUCUUCAUCCUCCACCCUUCCUAACCACAUCCGCGCACCUGCAUCCUGUCGCUAGUCGACCCCCUCCCGGUCUCCCUCUGUCACGUGACUGUCACCCGGCCAGCGACCAUCACCCCCUAUC